AUGAAUUUCAAGCACCUGAUUCAGGUGGCUGCAUUUCUAGCAUUUGGAUGGCCCGUAUGCAAUGCAUCAACACUAUCAAGAAACAGCAUACACCAGUCGUCGGCAUCAAAAUAUGUCUUUGCGCAUUUCAUGGUUGGUAUUGUCGAAAACUACACCCUCGACGACUGGAAAUCAGACAUGACCACGGCAAUGGAUAUCGGUAUUGACGCCUUUGCACUUAACUGUGCCAGCGUGGACAGUUACACUCCCACCCAACUAGCCCUAGCGUACCAAGCUGCCGACGAAGUCGGUUUCAAAGUCUUUAUUUCCUUUGACUUUGCCUAUUGGACAAGCGGGGAUACCGAAAAUAUCACAGCAUACAUGCAAACUUAUGCCGGUCAUGCAGCACAGAUGCAAUACAAUGAUGCCGCGGUCGUGAGCACCUUCGUUGGAGAUAGCUUCGAUUGGACACCGGUAAAAGCUGGGACGAAUCAUUCCAUAUGGGCGUUGCCGAAUUUGCAGGAUCCAGCUGAAGCGUCGAGCGAUAGUCAGCGAAGUGCAGACGGAGCGUUUUCGUGGUAUGCUUGGCCGACCGAUGGAGGUAACAGUAUCAUCUCGGGGCCUAUGACUACUAUUUGGGAUGAUAGAUUUAUCUCAGACUUGGGGAAUGCUACAUACAUGGCCCCUGUAUCGCCAUGGUUCUUUACCCAUUUUAACAGUAAGAACUGGGUCUUCAUCUGCGAGGACCUGCCUACCCGUCGCUGGGAUGAAAUACUAUCAAUGCAGCCAGAUCUCGUCGAAAUCAUCACGUGGAAUGAUUACGGCGAAUCUCACUACAUCGGCCCCUACUCCGCCGACCAUUCAGAUGACGGCUCCUCCGAAUGGGCCUCUGGAUUCCCACAUGAUGCCUGGCGCGAUCUAUACAAACCUUACAUCCAAGCCUACAAAACUGGAGCAAGUUCACCGACCAUCGACACUGAGGAAAUAGUAUACUGGUACCGCCCAACUCCCAAGGACGCCACAUGCACCAACGAUACUCUACCAGCCCCGAACGGCAUUGAUCUACUCUCUGAUAGCAUCUUUGUGGCUACUAUGUUACAAGAAGCGGCUACGUUGACUGUUACUAGUGGUGACAAUGCCGCAGUCAGUAUUGAUGUGCCUGCUGGUAUCACGACAUCGAACGUUACAAUGAGCAUCGGCGAACAGAGUUUUGUGCUGAGUCGGGAUGGGGAGACAAUCCUCAACGGGACAGGGGGAUUAAGUAUUGUUGAUACUUGCGAGACAUAUAAUUACAAUGUGUAUGUUGGGUCAAUAACAGCAUAA